UAAUUCUAAAAAUAGUAAUGGGGAUUUCCAUCUAUAAAGUGUCGUCCAUCUUUGAUAAACUGUUUUCCAGAAGAAAGCAGAUCUCUACAGGCUAACCAACAAAAUCAAAUUGAUAUGAGUAAAAGACCGGACCCAGAUGACCGUAGACGGUACUUUAUAGUAGGUUCUGUUAUACUGGAGAUCGUCACACCAGUUUUCAGACAGAGGCUAGAGAAGGACUACAAAAGUAAAGGAUUGGGAUGUCUACAGGAUUUCAUCAACAGUAAACCAGUCAUACACAUCCUGUUCCAUCUACGUCACACCAAUACAAAGUGUUGUGUGGACACUACCAACUGUCGUUAUAGAAAGAAACUACCGUUAUACUACAGCCAAUGGGAUUUACUAUACACAGAGAUGCCAGGACCACAUAAGCAUCACUGUCACUGCUUGUAUACAACUAAUAAUGUAAAAUUAGAUGACCUUGACAUCACCUUGGCUAGUUUGAUUUUACUGAACUGCUGCAAUCUGACACCAAAUGAAGUGAUAUUGAUAAGAGAACUUAGGGAAUUUAAGAACAACUACCUAAGCCACAACACCAAAGGUGCCAUAACUGAAAAAGAGUUCCAAACACUAUGGAAAGACCUUAUGACAGGUGUCCUUCAACUUGACCCCAGUAAACAAGAUGACUUCAUAAGAAUACAGAACAGACCAUUGGACGACUCACUGUGUAACAAGUACUUUGUUUGUCUUCUGGACAUUCACAAAAAACUUGAAGAGAUUAGUGAUAAAUUAGAGUCAAGCACUGCUGAAAUUUUGACUGCAAUGAAUAUCAGUAAUGGCCAAUUAAAUGUGGAGCUAUUAACAAAAUUAGAGGAGAUAUUACAAUAUGUAAGAGGUCAAUCAUCCAAAGACAAAACUGACAGACAAGUGAUUAAGCAGAAACAUAAAAUACAAUCCUACAAACUAGGACAGUCAAUCUUCACACUACAUCAACAGACAGACCUGACAUCAGUACUUGGUGGUGACUGGAGAGGAGUAACAGAUAUAGUGAUGAUGGAUGAUGGUAGACUGGUGAUGUGUUUACCUAGGCAGAAAAGACUACUGAUCUGUAAUACAGAUGGAUCACAGGUAGACAGUAUAGAUGUACAGGGUAUGCCAUACAGUGUUACAGCAAUCAACAACUCUACAGUAGCUGUUACAUUGUAUCUUAGUAACUGUAUAGAGAUGUAUGACAUAAACAAUAAACUUAAACUUAAAUCAAUAUCACUACCUGGAAUAUGUUGGAGGAGUGGCAUUACAACUAAAAAUAACAAGUUAGUUGUAGGUGGUGACAACAUACUACUGAUCAUAGAUCAUCAGACAGGAAAGGUGGUACAGACAAUACAGACUGACUGUGAUCAUAACAAGUUACAUGGUUCUGGUGACAGAAUAUUCUACAGUAAUUACAACAACAACAACAACCUGUACUGGUACAGUUAUACUGAUGACAGACAUCACACCCUAACAUUACCAUCAACACCCUGUAGGAUGACUACAUUACAAGAUGGCAGUCUGUAUGUGAGGUGUAGUGAUAGAUCAGUACAACAUGUGUCAUCUGAUGGUACACAGUAUAAACAGGUGAAGACACUUCAAUCCAAUCCAUUUUGUGAAAGCAUACAUUAUAAUUUCACACAAAGGCAACUAGUGACCAAACAAAAUAACUAUGUAACAGUGUACAGUGAAAUAUAACUGAAUAAGUUGAUUACUAUAUGUUAUUGUCUGUUAUACUUAGUGAUAGGUAUCUCUUUACUGUUUCUUGUAUGUUACAGAGAGUGAUAGUACUUGUUUUCAGCACUUCAUAUUGAAAGACAUUUGAAGAUUUUUUGUACAUAAUUUAUAUAGUUUGAUGUCAACCAAUAUCUGGGGAUUACCAUAAGAUUUGCACUUUGUUAAAAUAAUUAAAAAUUGUGUUAUAGGAUGCUUGAAGGCAGUCUGUGCUAAUUAGAUGCACAUUAUAUGAUAAUUAAACUUAUGGAUUAUAUAAUCUAUUAUGCUGUUAAACAUGAGAAUGCUGUUAAAGGGAUACUGUUGGGUUAAGGGAUUUUUGUUCUGAUGAAUAUUUAAUCAAAAUUUUCCAAAAGUUGCAUAGAUUUCAGUAAAUUUUUAUGUAAUUUUGUGCAAUGCAAAUUUAAUGUACCUGCAAGUUCCAACUAUGUAAUAUGCCUUAAAUUUUUAACACCUUUUAUGUAAAUAUUUAUAUGGUUCUAUCAUCGCUCAAUAUUUCUAGCUCAAAAAUAUUAUUAAAUAAUAAUAAAAAAAUAUAUUAUUGAAGUGUCUGUGUUGCUCCUGAUAACCAAGGUCUAUGUCUGCCUUCAACAAUAAACAAUAAAGACAAAACCAUGGAAGAAAAACACAGAUGCCAAAAGGGUAGGGUCAGCUGAAAAAAUUAUCUGAAUUGUAAAAUGUUGACCUUACCUUCAGAUCUGUUAUACAGGCAAACACCAAAUUAGUUAGAGCUUCCCCAACAGACAUCCUUGCCAUACAGGAUGGAUCUAUCAAGCCUUUGAUUGGUUGUUCUCCUAUAGCAGUGGCUGAUCCUACCUAUAAAAUCAUAACUUUUUUUUUAGAUCUGUAUAGUUUAUAAUGAAAUUUAUUGUAAAAGUUUGAAUCAAAUUUGUUUUCCAUUUUCAUUUUUUAAUGAAAUCUGUACAUUUGUUAGUAAUGAAAACAUUGAAUACUGGUACCUUAUCUCGGCCUUGUUAAUGUUAGCAAUAGAUCACGUAAAUAUAUAUGUGUUAGUAUUUAUUACUACAUUCUACAAAAAAAUAUAUAAGCUGUAGUUACUAUAACAUAAUACCACAUUUUUCAUUUUUUUAAAAUAACAUAAUAAAUAAAAUCAUAAAGAUUAAUUAUGUGAUAAAAGUUCAAAUUCAGGCUUUUCAGAAAUUCCAUGUAACAAUAAUAUGAUGGUUUAAAGGGAUAUAAUGAUUUUUAAGCUGUUGCAAAGAUAUAAAUACAUUUCCUAUAUUAUUAGUCUUAGAAAAGUUUAUGUAUUUGUAUAUUGCCAUUGAAAAUAUCAUAUUUUGUUUUAUAUCAAAUUGUGAGGAGAAUUUUGUGUGCCUUUUUUAUUAUAUCUAUGUAUAAACUGAUUUAUUUUCUAUAAAAUUGUAAUAUAAAAUACUAGAUGUAU